GGGGCUCCUCUCCGGCUGCCGAGGAUGAGGAGGGUGUGACGGGCGCGGCCCCAGCGGGACAUGGGACAGUGAGAGCGGCCGCUGCUCCCCCGCUGCCUCCAGCCACCAUGGGCUGCUGCUGCAGCUCGGACUACGACGAGGACUGGAUCGAGAGCAUCGACAUCUGCGAGCACUGCAAUUACCCCAUCGAGCCCGACAGCAAGCGCCAGAGGCCGAUCCGCAACGGCUCCGAGGUCCGAGACCCUCUGGUGUCCUACGAGUCCUCGUCGCCUCCGUGCUCCCCCAUGCAAGACAAGCUGGUGGUGGCCCUGUACAACUACGAGCCCAAGCACGACGGGGACCUGGGGCUGCGGAAGGGGGAGAAGCUGCGCGUGCUGGAAGAGAACGGGGAGUGGUGGAAGGCGCAGUCGCUCACCACGGGCCAGGAGGGGCUGAUCCCACACAACUUCGUGGCCUUGGUGAACAGCCUGGAGCCCGAGCCGUGGUUCUUCAAGAACAUCAGCCGCAAGGACGCCGAGCGGCAGCUCCUGGCCUCGGGCAACACCCACGGCUCCUUCCUCAUCCGCGAGAGCGAGACCUCCAAAGGCUCGUACUCGCUGUCCGUGCGGGACCUGGACGAGAGCCAGGGAGAGACGGUGAAGCACUACAAGAUCCGGAACCUGGACAACGGCGGCUUCUACAUCUCCCCCCGCACGCCCUUCGGCAGCCUCAGGGAGCUGGUGCAGCACUACACACGCAGCGCCGACGGGCUCUGCUGCCGCCUGGGCAAGCCCUGCCGGACGCAGAAGCCGCAGAAGCCGUGGUGGCAGGACGAGUGGGAGGUGCCGCGGGAGUCGCUGAAGCUGGUGGAGAAGCUGGGAGCGGGGCAGUUCGGAGAGGUCUGGAUGGGCUUCUACAACGGGCACACCAAGGUGGCAGUGAAGAGCCUGAAGGCUGGCAGCAUGUCCCCCAGCGCCUUCCUGGCCGAGGCCAACCUGAUGAAGAAGCUGCAGCACCCGCGGCUGGUGCGGCUCUACGCCGUGGUCACCAAGGAGCCCAUCUACAUCAUCACCGAGUUCAUGGAGAAGGGCAGCCUCGUGGACUUCCUCAAGACCUCAGAAGGAGUCAAGCUCAGCAUCAACAAACUCCUGGACAUGGCAGCUCAGAUUGCUGAAGGCAUGGCUUUCAUCGAGGCCAAGAAUUACAUCCACAGGGACCUGAGGGCCGCCAACAUCCUGGUCUCGGACGCUCUGGGCUGCAAAAUCGCCGAUUUUGGGCUGGCCCGGCUCAUCGAGGACAACGAGUACACGGCUCGGGAGGGGGCCAAGUUCCCGAUUAAGUGGACGGCGCCCGAGGCCAUCAACUACGGCACGUUCACCAUCAAGUCGGACGUGUGGUCCUUCGGCAUCCUGCUCACCGAGCUCGUCACCUACGGCCGGAUCCCGUAUCCAGGCAUGACCAACCCCGAGGUGAUCCAGAACCUGGAGCGUGGCUACCGCAUGCCGCAGCCGGAGCACUGCCCGGCCGAGCUCUACGAGCUGAUGAGGCAGUGCUGGAAGGAGAGCCCCGAGGAGCGCCCCACCUUCGACUUCCUCAGGAGCGUCCUGGAGGAUUUCUUCACCGCCACCGAGGGCCAGUACCAGCAGCAGCCCUGAGCCUCGGGGUGCCGCGGGGCCCCACAGACUCAAUGGCCGCCGCUCUGAGAGGAUUUGAAGCGCCCCAGAGCUUGGCAGCAGCAGAUUUGACUCCUUCAGGAGGGGCUGGACGGCCAGAGCAGACCCCCAAUGCUGAGGGAUGGCACAGGGUGCCCGCCCUGCUGUCGCUGUCCCCUCAGGGGUGCCCGCCCUGCUGUUGCUGCCCCUCAGGGCCCCCCUCACCCCUCAGGGAUGGCAGGAGCCCCCCCGGCAGCGCUGGCCACGGCAUCCCCUGCCUGCGGGACACUCCUUCUCCCCUCAUGGCAUUUGCAGGAGCCGUCCCUCAAUAAUUUUGGGGAAAUAAAGGCGUUUCGAGC